GUCAUACAGAUGUACAAUAUGUUGUCACUGGGAAAUAACAUAAUGCCAGGGUAUUUGGUGUUUUUAUUUUUGGCGAUGUGUGGGUUAUUGCCUGGCUGUCUGUUCCAAAAUGCUGCAGUCCCUUUCACACCUCACUCUGCUCCAGCUUUCAUUUCUUAAAAGUUGUGCUGUGGUGUGUCAGCAACUACAGGUCUGCUGCUUGCCAGAGUAGCCCCCUAAUCUACCGUAUCACGAAUGCACUGUUGUAAUUUAUCUGCAUUUAAAUCUGCAUUUAAUUAUAUAUUUUUGUAAUGGAUUAAAAUGUAUUACCUCUAUUGCUAAAGGUCGGAGCUGCUUACAUUGGUUAUUUGCGUUGACUUGUUAUUUAAUUUAAACUGCCAUGUUCAACCUAAUUAUGUCCUGUUAAUAAGGCCUGGUAUGUUCUCACCAUAAACAGACAGUAGCAGCCACUGGCAGUUAUAAUAAAUAAAGAUAGACUAUUUCUGUAUUUUUAGACCAAUUAUUCUACAGUGCAGUUGAUUUCACAUUAGAUUAGCCCUAAUCCAGUGGUUUAAUAUACCCCAGGCUUUCUGUGUUCACUCAGUUCCUCUGCUCUGCUUGCAUGUAGCGCUAUUGUAAACUGAGUGUUCCAAACGGAGAACAGUAAGCAUCAAAGCUCAUUUCCCCUCUCCUCUCUCUGAAUAAUGGAUACGGGAACACCACAUUUCCCUAGUCCGUGUUGGGUGUUUUACAACCUGUGGUUUAGUCAGAUGGACGAGAAUCGAUGCUUUGCCCCUGGCAGCUGGCAUUAUGAUGGGCGAGACAAGAAGUCUAGCUACAGCUGAUGCGCUGGCCUCUUGUAUCGGACGUUUUCUCUGAUGGGCCAUUACCAAACCUUAAGGGUGAGAGCCUGCUCCAUCAAGGCCAGCCCUUUUAUUGUAUUGCUUUCAUCUGAAACCUCAGGAACUCAAAGCUGAACAUGACAGCACUCCCCUUGGCCCUUUUGACUGCAUCAUUCUAUAUGACACUCAAAACAUCAAAAGAGCGUUGGUUAGGCUGAGCCACAGAGCUCACCUUUGUCCCAUAUUGUACUGUCAUUGGCUCAGAUUGAAGCCCAAUGAGAUGCAAUGACGCUACAAUUUGUCAACAAAAUGGUGUCGGUCAGCUUAAGUUUUCUAUUGAGAAAACCCCAAUUGGUUCCCAAAAAUCGGAAUCUUUAUCAAGGCGAAUACACCAGGCCAUGGUGACCUCCCUGAACGAGGACAACGAGAGCGUCACCGUGGAGUGGAUAGAAAAUGGCGACACAAAAGGGAAAGAGAUCGACUUGGAGAGUAUAUUUGCACUAAAUGCAGAUUUGGCUCCGGAGGAGGAGAUGGCACCGAGCCCAGAUACGCCACCUCCUCCCACACCUUCGUCCGUCAAAAUCAACAAAAUCGCAAAGAAUCGGCGGACGAUCGCGCCUUCCAAGAUUGAAGCUCCAUCCAGGGAUAACCGAGUGGUGACGACCAGGGCCCGGGCAGCACAGCCUCCCCAGCCAGAGCCAGCCCCGGCCCCACCCCCCCCAGCCCAGCAGCCUGCCCAGCCUACCCCAGCUCAGACCGCCCAGCAGCUGCAGAAUGAGUCCUCACCUCGCCCUCUAACCAGAAAGGAGUUUGGACAGCUUUCGAGGCGGAAAUCGAACUGCGUGAAGGAGGUGGAGAAGCUGCAGGAGAAGAGGGAGCGACGGCGGAUCCAGCAGCAGGAGCUCAGGGAGAAGAGGGCACAGGAGGUGGAUACUACCAUCCCCAACUAUGAGAUCAUGUACAUGAUUAGAGAUUUCAGAGCCAGCCUGGAUUACCGGCCUCUGACCACCGCAGAUCUGAUUGAAGAGCACAGAAUAUGUGUUUGUGUGAGGAAACGUCCGCUCAACAAGAAGGAGUUGACCAUGAAGGACCUGGACGUGAUCACCAUUCCCAGUAAAGACGUCGUGAUGGUGCACGAACCCAAGCAGAAGGUGGACCUCACCCGCUUCCUGGAGAACCAAACGUUCCGCUUCGACUACACCUUCGAUGACAGCACCACCAACGAGAUGGUCUACAGGUUCACCGCCCGGCCGCUGGUGGAGACCAUCUUUGAGAGGGGCAUGGCCACUUGCUUUGCCUAUGGACAGACGGGAAGUGGAAAAACACAUACGAUGGGAGGCGAUUUCUCUGGAAAGAACCAGGAUUGUGCAAAGGGAGUUUAUGCAUUAGCUGCACGGGACGUGUUUGUCAUGUUGAAGAAACCCAACCACAAAAAGCUAGAUCUACAAGUGUACGCAACCUUCUUUGAAAUCUACAGCGGCAAGGUAUUCGACCUGCUGAACCAUAAGACCAAGCUGAGGGUCCUGGAGGACGGGAAACAGCAGGUCCAAGUGGUCGGCCUUCAGGAGAAGGACGUCAAAUGCACAGAAGACGUCCUCAAACUGAUCGAGAUCGGCAACAGCUGCAGAACGUCGGGGCAGACGUCGGCCAACGCCCACUCGUCGCGUAGCCACGCCGUCUUCCAGAUCAUCCUGCGACGGAAGGGCAAGAUGCACGGCAAGUUCUCCCUCAUCGACCUGGCGGGGAACGAGCGCGGCGCCGACACGUCCAGCGCCGACCGGCAGACCCGCCUGGAGGGCGCCGAGAUCAACAAGAGCCUGCUGGCGCUCAAGGAGUGCAUCAGGGCGCUGGGCCUCAACAAGCCCCACACCCCGUUCAGAGCCAGUAAACUCACACAGGUCCUCCGAGACUCCUUCAUCGGGGAGAACUCGCGCACAUGCAUGAUUGCAACCAUCUCUCCCGGUAUGACUUCCUGUGAGAAUACGCUAAACACACUACGCUACGCCAACAGAGUCAAGGAGUUCGGGAUUAGCCCCUCAGACAUCCCCUUCUCCCAGCAGGGCGGCCAGGGCAGUCGCCCUGACCACUCGCCCACCAAUACCUUUGACUAUGAUGACUUUGUCGCCACCUCCCCUAGCAGGGUGAAGGAGCUCACUGUGGACGCUAACCAGGUGAUGGAGGGGGUCCGACCCAACAUCCAUGUGGUCAACCAGAUGGAGCUGCUGGACGAGGACUGGCUGAGCAGCUCGCCCCAGAGGGACGACCUCAAACUGCUCUGUGAGCAGAACGGGGAGGAGAUGUCCCCUCAGCUGUACACCUUCCACGAGGCCGUGUCUCAGAUGGGGGAGAUGGAGGAGCAGGUCCUGGAAGACCACCGGGCUGUUUUCCAGGAGUCCAUCCGGUGGCUUGAGGAUGAGAAGGUGCUGCUGGAGAUGACGGAGGAGGUGGACUAUGACGUGGACACCUAUGCCACCCAACUGGAGCAGAUCCUAGACCAGAAGAUAGACAUUCUCACCGAACUCCGAGAUAAAGUGAAGUCAUUCCGCUCAGCACUCCAGGACGAAGAGCAAGCCAGUAAGCAGAUAAAUCCCAAAAGGCCACGUGCUUUGUAGACAUGGUGGCUGAAGAGAUCUACGGGCUGCAGAGACAUGUAACCACUCGAUGUUUGGCACAGCCGCCUUCCAAUGCCUCAGGACAUGGGUCUUGUCUGGUGUAAUGAUGGAACUUUUCUUUUUUUUAUUAUUUUACAGUUGAUUUUUUUAUCUUGCAUGGCGGUUUGGUUUAGACUAUACCACGUCCUGUUUUCCUUCAUACAUAUUUGUACCUCCUUUUUGAAACCUGUUUCAAGAGUUAAGUUAGGUCUCCUUUUAAGUUUACAGCACAUUUUCGAAGGGUUUUCCUUUUUAACUCCGACUGCCAUGUGUUGACAUGUGCACUCUUGGUGAAACUACUCAACGCUUCCAUCCAUCACCAACCGAUUGGCACUGUAGAGUAAAGCCACCUAGGGCAUGGACUAGAAGCUCUCCUUAAUCCCCUUCCCCCCCCCCCCGUUAUAAACCCGUUUGGAAGUAGACUUGAAUCAAGUUUUGCUGAUCCUUCGUAACUUCCUUCCAUGCACCCCUUAUUGUCUUAAACGUCGACAGUAGACUUCCUACCUGUAGUUGCUUCUGCUUUGUGUGCCAUGACGUGUUUGUGGCCACCCUCUCAUUGAGAUGCUACUGUACAAAGGUUUCCAUCCCCCUCAUUUAACACUUUGUUAUAAUAGUGAUAGAAGAAAAACAGCUACAAUGUAUAGUGAUUACCACUGAUCUACUGUGGAAGAUGUUGCUCUGGAUGAAGAAAUAAAGUGACCCAUUUCAUUUGC